CGACCGCACUCCCCUCUUCCAGCGCGUAUCCGACGCCAUCAUGGCUCCAAGUGUUCACAUCCCGUCCAAGGGCAUCAAGCACCCGCUUGACCCGGUCACAGCUGACGAGGUCCGCAUCGCCAAGCAAGUGCUCGCGGACGCCGGGUACUCGAGCCCGGAGCUGCGCUACGCGUACGUGAUGCUGUUCGAGCCGGACCACCCGACGCUGGCCAAGUUCGAAGCCGGCGAGUUGGCGGAGAUCCCGCGCGAGAUCGGCGCGCUCGUGCUGGACCAGGCCACCAACGUCACGCGCGACUUCGUGGUGGACGUCGUGGCGCGCCGCAUCGUCAAGGACGUGGAGCUGGACCCCAAGACCGACGGACAGAUCCCCAUCCUGGACCAGGACUACUGGGACGGCGACUCCAUCUGCAAGGCCGACCCGGCCUACGUGGCAGCGCUGGCCAAGCGCGGCAUCACGGACCUGGACAUGGUGCGCGGCGAGCAGUUCUCGGCCGGCGUCUUCGGCUACGAGGGCGAGGAGGGCAACCGCAUGAUCCGCGUGCUGAGCUUCCUCAAGGUCGAGAACACGCACGCUAUGUACGGCCACCCCAUCGACGGCCUCGUGGCGCACGUCGACCUGACGAACCGCAAGGUGCUCAAGCUCGUCGACACGGGCUACACGCACAUCCCGAUGGAGUCGGGCGACUACCUGGACCCGAAGAUCACGGGCCCCAUGCGCACGGACAUGAAGCCGCUGCACAUCAAGCAGCCGGAGGGCGCCAGCUUCACGGUCAAGGACAACAUCGUGUCGUGGCAGAACUGGGAGAUCCGCGUCGGCUUCAACGGCCGCGAGGGCCUCACGCUGCACGACAUCUCGUUCAGCGACCGCGGCCGCAAGCGCAAGAUCCUGAACCGCGCGUCCGUGUCCGAGAUGGUGGUGCCCUACGGCGAGCCCUCGCCCACGCACGACUGGCAGAACUACUUCGACGCCGGCGAGUACCAGUUCGGCCGCCUCGCCAACUCGCUCGUGCUGGGCUGCGACUGCCUCGGCAGUAUUCAGUACCUGGACGCGACGGUCGUCGACGACUUCUGCGAGCCGUUCGUGAUCAAGAACGCCAUCUGCAUGCACGAGGAGGACUUCGGCACGCUCUGGAAACACACCGACGUGCUCGCGUCGCCGCCCACGGGCACCGUGCGUCGCCAGCGUCGCUUCGUGGUCUCGUUCUUCGUGACGGUGGGCAACUACGACUACGGCUUCUACUGGUACUUCUACCUUGACGGCAGGAUCGAGUUGGAGUGCAAGGCCACGGGCAUCGUGUUCACCUCGGGGCGACCGGAGGGCGAGUACGAGUACGCGACCGAGAUGGCCCCGCGCCUCGGAGCGCCGUGCCACCAGCACCUGUUCUCGGCCCGUCUGGAUGUCGCCAUCGACGGCAACAAGUGCCAUGUCGACGAGCUGGAGGCCAAGCGCCUGCCGAUCAGCCCUGAUAACCCUCGUGGAAAUGCGUUCAUGCGGACGGCCACUCGGCUGAAGACUGAGAGCGACGCCCAGCGCGUGGCCGCGAUGGACAAGGGCCGGGUGUGGCGCAUCGCGUCGAGCGAGGCCAAGAACCGCCUCGGGCGCUCCACGGGCUACGCGCUCUUCCCGGAGGGUCAGCCGGUGCUCCUGGCUGCGGACGGGUCGUCGAUCUGGAAGCGAGCCAACUUCUCGACCAAGCACCUCUGGAUCACCAAGUACGCCCGCGACGAGCUGUGGGCAGCCGGGUACACGCCCAACCAGCACCCGGGCUUUGCCGGCCUGCCCAGCUACGUGAAGGGCAACCGGCCGGUCGACGGCGAGGACAUUGUGGUGUGGCACACGUUCGGCCUCACGCACUUCCCGCGCGUGGAGGACUGGCCCAUGAUGCCCGUGGACUACGCAGGCUUCAAGCUGAUCCCCGAGGGGUUCUUCGACCGCAACCCGACGCUGGAUGUGCCGGAAGACCCGAACGGCAAGGACAGCUCCGAUCUGCACGGGUGCUGCCACGCAGCGAAGGAGCCCGUGACGGAGCCGUAAGAAUAUUAAUGUGGGGGGUGUCUUGCCUAGGUUAUCGUAAAACAAAAGUCAAUGCAUUGAUCAAGUGGUCUUGUU